AUGAAAACCGCUCUGGUCAUAGGAGGUACCGGUGCUCAGGGUGUGCCGGUUGUCAAAGCACUGGCAUCCGAUUCCAAAUAUGCCGUCCGCGUCAUUACAAGAAACGCUUCUUCCAAGGAUGCCAUAGAAUUGGCGACCAUCCCUGGAGUUACAAUUUUGGAAGGAAAUACCUACCAUGAGCCAACUCUUCGUGAGGCGCUGAAGGACGUGGACUACGUCUUUGCCAAUACCAACGGAUUUGCCAUUGGCGAAAUGGCAGAAAUCUACUGGGGCAUCCGCAUUUAUGAGCUUUGUCGGGAAUCUAGAGUGAAGCACUUCAUUUACGCAUCUCUCGAGUAUGCUUCAAAGCUCGGCAACUUUGACCCUAAAUACCGUUGCGGCCACGUUGACGGAAAAGGCAAAGUUGCCGACUACAUUUCAGCUCAACCCAUUACACCAAUGGCCUGGACUGUUGUAACCUCUUGCAUGUACAUGGAAGGACUGUCAGAAUUUCUCCAACCCUUUCCUGACCGUGAAGAUCCAAGCACUCUUGUCUUUGCAGCCCCGCUGGGAGACGGAAAAUGCCCUCUCAUCUAUCUCGAGGACUAUGGCCACUAUGUCCGAUGGGUUUUCGAUACGCCAUCUCGCAGCAGCGGCAUGCAGUUGCAUGUCGCAACGGAAGAUAUCGCUUGGAAAGACCUUGCUGCUGCCUUCACAAAGGUGACUGGCAGAAAGGCGGUAUAUAAAGACCUAACCCUGGACGAAUACUUCAAACUGCCAAUUUUUCCAAAUCCCGAAAUGACGGUUGGUCAUUCCACUAGUGGGGAGAAUCCUACCCUGUUUACUUUCCGGGAAAACUUUUCAGGCUUUUGGAACAUGUGGAAGGAUAACCUGACAAAGCGUGAUUACGAGCUUCUGGAUGAGAUCCUGCCGUCGCGGGUGAAGAGUGUGCAAGAAUGGAUGGAGAAGUCUGGAUAUACUGGAGAACCCUCGCCAGUUCUCAAGGACUACCGUGAUGGGGUGGGCAGCAGAAAUGCUCCCAAGACGUAA